UUAAUUUAGUAGUUUCCUUUAAAAAUUCUAAAUUUUUUCUAUUAUUAUCGUAGCAAAAUUGAAAAAUUUGUUUAAAAGUAUAAAGUACAUUUUUCUCUAACCGACCGUUCAAAUUUUGUAUUUUUACUUUGCAAAUAGAAUAAUUAUUUUAUUUUCAAUUAUUUAUAUUUUAAAAUAAUUAUCUCUCUAUAAUUAUCAAAGUAAUGAAAAAUUAAAAAAAAAAUUUAAUCAGGAACUCUCAAAUUGUCAGUAACGAAAAAAAAAUGACGUCAAACGAAAAAGAUGCAGUAAAUAAACUGAUAAAAAGAAUACAAUUAUUGGAAAUCGAAAAUGAGAAAUUACGAAAGGAAAAUGACAUUUUGAAGAAAAAUUCUGAACCAUCGAUUAAUGUCAAAGAGAAAUAUCUUGGCAGUUCAAAUUCAUUUAAUAAAAUUUUGCCAAUUUUCAAUGGUAAACAAAAAGGUUGCACUUGCAAAGGAAAUUGUGCAAGUAAAAUUUGCGGUUGUAAGAAAAAAAAUCUCUCAUGUAACGAAACUUGUAAAUGUAACGCUGUUAAUUGUAAAAAUAAGGAGAAAGACAAAGAAAAUGUUAAAGUCAAUCGUUCACCAAAAGUUACUAGAGAACGUAUAAAAUCGCUACCAAAUUGUUUAGAAAAACAAAAUGUCAAUACCUCGAAUAAUAUCAAUAAUUCCGAAUUAAUAGGAAAAAAGUCUCAUCAAACGUUGCACACAAAUUCAAACGAUGAUGUUUUUGAAGAGUCAAUAAAUUCAAAUUUGGAAAAUUUCCCACCUCAAUUUGAUGUGGCGAAAAAAUUAUUAUUUUUCUCUGAUGAUGAUACACCUAAUAUCAAUGCUAAAAAGUCAAAUAAAAAUAUUAAAACAAAAUCAAAGGAUAAAAAUGAAAUGUCUAAUGUAAAUUUACGAUCUCGACAUAUUGAAAAAUCUUCAAAAAAUAAUAAAACAAUUAAUGAAAUAAUUACAGCAAAUCAUUCCGAGAAAAUUGAAAAAUCAUUAAAUAUAGAAAGUAUAAAAUCAACUGGAGUGACGUCGUGUAUAAAAAGUGUUUCAAAUUUCAAACAACCAAAAAGUUUGAAUUCUGAAUCGUUAAAUUAUCAUGAUAAUGAAUUAUCAAGAAUCACAAGAGACAAACAAAAUAAUGGAAAUUCGUCGCAAGACAUUAAAAAUUCAAAAUUAUCAUCAUCAAAAAAGGGAAAUUUAUUGAGACGAUCAUUAUCCAGUGAAGCGAUUUGUGUCAAACAACAUAGAUCAAGAAGUACAUCACGUGAGAGUUUAAUCAAAGACGAGGACAGAAGGAGAACAAAAAAUUUUAAUCGUUCUUUAUCUCAUGAGAAUUUAUCGAAAAGACAAUCAAUUUCUAAAAUUUCACAUAAUAUUCGACGAUCAAAAUCAACUGAUAAUGCAAAUUACAGUCAAAGAUGUGCUUUAACACCUGUGAUAGAGUCGCCGCAAGUUUCUGCGUCACUCAAUAAUUCUAAUGAAAAACUUGAUAAGUCACUCAAAUUUGAUCCAAUGCAACCAACUUAUCAACUCUCAAGAAGUCCUAUUCCAGCUAUUGAAAUUUCUGCUGAAACAUCAGAAACUUGCGUUAAUAAUUCUCCUCCGAUAUUCAGAAGAUUUUCCAAUUCAGAGAAUUUACAAAUUUUCAGUCCGCCGCCUGAGAUUUUACAAGAUUUAAAUGCGGAAGCAGUUGAUCCCAGUGAAUUUCAAUCAAAACUCAUUAAUUGUCGAAAAUGUAAACGCUCCUUCUUUCCACAUCGAAUUAAAUUACACGAAGCAAUUUGCAGGAAAAAAUAAAAAAAAAAAGUGAAUUUCAUACCAUUUACCAACUUUGUGUAUUGCAUAUUAUAAUUUUUUUUUUUUUUUUUUUUUUUUUUAAUGUGCAAUUAAUAUGUGAAUUUAAUUAUUUUAAAAAAAGAUAACGUUAAAUUUAACGGAAUUAUUUUUUGAAUCGCAAAAUUUGUCAUUUGAUAUUACUGUCAGGAGCAGAUAUAGACUGAAAAAAAAUGUAAUUUACAAUUUUAUAAUGCCUUUUGUAUAUGUUCGUUAAAAUAUAUUGAUUAUAAUCAUUGAUCUAAAUAAACUAAAUAGAUUUUUUAAUUAAAUAAUAUGGAAGAAGUUAAUAAAAAAAACGAAUUAUUUUUAAAAACAA